GAAAUCCGCAGCGGGCGGAAGACGAGCCACUGGAUUUGGUACAUCUGGCCCAGCUUAGACGAAGUGCGGAAGACCUCCCGGCCGCAGUACUCUUUGCGAAGCCGUGGGGAUGCGGACGCCUUUUUGUCAGAUCCUGGGCUUCGGAAGAACCUCUAUGAGAUAAGUGAGGUGGCCUUGUCUCACCUCCUCAAGGGAACUGCGCCCGGGAUCCUCUUUGGAUCCCGGACUGACGUGGAGAAGUUUGGGGAGACGGUGACCUGCUUUGCCCUGGUGGCGCUGGAGGCCCGCGACCUUGAACUCUCAGAGCUGAUGGUGUCCUGCCUGGAAGCCCUGGGAGGAGAUCUCCACGCAGAGACGGUGAAGUAUCUGCUGUCCCAUGCCGAGGGUCUGACAAGCCUGGCUCCUUCUGGCUCUACCACACUGGACCUGCGCUGUUUGCGGGAUGCACUCGCCCGGCUCAAGGAAGAGAAGCAGGCGGAAUUGCUCCCCUCCGGUUCGUGCGACUCAGCUCCGGUCCUGCGGCCUGAAACUGCUGAAGCUGCGGAGGCAGCAAAGUCCGUGCCUGAAGAGGUCGCAGCGUCAGAUGGCGCUUAG